GGGAAUCCACACUUUCUUUGGAAAUCAAGAUGGCGGCAGUUUCUCGUGCGAUCUUCAAGAUUAGAAUGUCAGCUUUCUCUAGUGUUUUUCCAUCAGGCACCAUUGUACCCUUUAAAAAAUAUGACUUGUUAGAAAGGUCUUUUGGAAGGGUUGGUGUUCGUCGAUGUAUUUUGACGUCGUUUGACUCACAAAACAGUGAAAAUGAGGAUUUGCAACAGAAUCCGUUUUAUGCCAAAUACGCGGAUAAAAUCAAGAUAGCACAAGAUGCUGAAAGAAGCCAGGAUUUUCGGUCUUUGGAAGAGAAAAUAAAAGUUGACCAAAGACUUACUGACGAAACCAACAGAAUGAAAGCAAUUGCCAGUGAACAUCAGAACAAACAGUCAAAAAUAGGUUCUAAGUCUGGCAGUGGAAGUUCAUCACAGUUUUCAAAAACAUCUCUUGAUUCUAUUCUACAUAUGGAUCGUAUCAAGGAUCUGGAUGGUCAACAAAUAGAAGAGCUCUGGAAGGAGUACCACAAAGACAAAGAUUGUAUUAGUGCAUGCAUACCAAAUGAUGUAUACCAAAGAAUCAAGUCAAGAGCUAUCACAUAUCCUAUGUUUAUAUUCCCUCUUCCAAGAGAAAAUGGCUAUGAAUUCAUGUUUGCCGAGUUUACUGGUGACAUUUGCCUAAUGACAUCUUUACUUCACUACCAAACUUCAGCUGAAAAUUCACCCUGGUUGUUAGCUAUGAGGCAUUUUACAGAAUUAAGUGAGUCGAAAGGUAUUGUAUUGAUGGUAGGAGAAGUUGAUACCAAAAAGUUGAGUGUUAUUGAUGCACAGUKGCUGGGAACUCAAGUCCAAAUGUACUAUGCCUCAGAGAACCCUGAAAGAWUAAGGUUACUCAGACUUUUUAACAAAGAGCCAGAAAAGUUUGACCACAUGAGUGUCAUUGACCAGCUAGACCAGGAAAUGGCCUCUGGUGCAUUUGCUAAAUAACUUGCAAGAUWUGUAUGUCUURSAGGCUUUUGAUGUWAAGAAUAGGUUAAAAAAUUAUCCAUUCUUGUUCAAUAUSUGCAAAAAGUGCAUGUUAAUUUGCAAAGAUGGUCAUUUGAUACAAGUUUGGCAGUUUCUGAAUACACAAUUUUAUUACCUGUCCAACAAAUAUUCUUACAACAAUAAAUKUAUUUAUGUAUAAAA